AUGGCAACUUCCACCCUUUGUACUAUACCCAAUCAUUUAUUAAAGAGAAUACACAAUGUAAUUCCGAUUGAAAAACCUAUUAAAAUAACAGGAGAAGUAAUUAAAGGAUUUGGAAGAGGAGGAAAAUUAUUGGGAAUUCCAACAGCGAAUUUACCAAUUGAAAAUUGUAAAGAAUUAUCACAAAUCGAAAUGGGUGUUUAUAUAGGAUAUGCUAAAAUAAGAGGAAUAACUUGUAAAACAGUUAUUAGUAUUGGUAACAAUCCACAUUUUCAAAAUGAACAGAAAACUAUUGAACCACAUUUAUUGCAUGAUUUUAAUUCUGAUUUUUAUGGAGAAAAUUUAACUAUUUCUAUUUGUGGCUUUAUUAGAUAUAUGGAAAAAUAUGACAAUUUAGAUGAUUUAAUUAAUGCUAUUAAAAGUGAUAUUACAAUUGGUAGUAAGGCUUUAGACGAAGAACCUUUUAAAAAUGCUUUACAUGAUUUAUAA